AAGAAGCAGCAGUAGUAACCGGAAGGUGGUUGAAUUUCUUUUGAGGUCUCAGUGGCAAUGCACUCAUGAUAAAGUAAAUAAGCUGUGCUUUAUUGGUAUGACAGUGGGCAGAUAUGCACCGCUACACUGCAAGGUUUGUUGAGUGCCACCGGCAGUAUUCAGUCUGUCAUAUGAGCUCCGCUGCUGGGAAGAGGAGAGCCCUCCGCAGUGCCUUCCCUGUGCUGGACCUGCCUUUUUGGCCCAUCCACAAACACAUUUAUGAAGCAAACCUCCGAAAUAGCAACGCCUGCUUGAAGAAGUACACAGAGUUUAGGAAGAAGGUAAGGGAAGGGGGAGGGGAGAGCAGCAUAGCCAGGCACACCCAGAGAAACAGGAAGCUGCUGGUCAGAGACAGGCUGCGCCUCCUGCUGGAUGAUGAGGACUUUCUGGAGCUGUCACCGUUUGCUGGUUUGGGUCUUCCGUACGGGGACAUACCUUCAGCCGGCUGUCUGACUGGAAUCGGGAGGAUCAGUGGCCUGUGGUGUGUGUUCCUUGCGAAUGAUGCCACGGUGAAAGGAGGCACAGCGUAUCCGAUCACAGUAAAGAAGCAGCUUCGAGCACAGGAAAUAGCGAUCCAAAACCGGCUGCCUUGUGUUUACCUGGUUGACUCUGGGGGAGCUUUCUUGCCGCUCCAGUCAGAGAUCUUUCCCGAUAAAAAUCACGGAGGAAGGACGUUUUAUUAUGAAGCCAUGAUGUCUGCCAUGAAGAUCCCCCAGGUAGCCGUCGUGUGCGGGUCAUGCACGGCGGGCGGAGCUUACAUCCCCACUAUGGCGGAGGAGACUGUAAUGGUGCACCAAAUAGGAACCAUAUUCCUGGGUGGACCACCGCUUGUCAAAGCUGCUACUGGAGAGGAAGUGACACCAGAGAUGCUGGGAGGGGCCAGGCUCCAUGCUGAAGUGAGUGGCUGUGUGGACCACUUUGCCUGGGAGGAGAAGGAGGGUUUUGAUUACACUAGAAACAUUAUAUCCACCCUCAACUUCCAACUGCCUGAGGAAGAGGAGGAGGCAAAGAAGAGGGAAGCAGAGGAGGAGCCGCUGCACAGUUCAGAGGAGCUUUUAGGGCUCGCUCCUAAGAGUUAUAACUACAGCCUGGAUGUUAAAAUGGUAGUCAGUCGGCUGGUAGAUGGGAGCCGCUUUCUGGAGUUUAAAGCUCGCUAUGGAACCUCACUUGUCACUGGCUUUGCAAAGAUACAUGGUCACCUAGUGGGAAUAUUAGCAAACAAUGGAGAGCUGUCAUAUGAGGCUGCGCUGAAAGGAAGCCAUUUUGUCCAGUUGUGUGACCAGAGAGAUGUCCCGCUCCUCUUCCUCCAGAACACGGCACCUGGAGCAGCGCUAACACCGUCCACAAAACGGGCAGAGAUGAAUAGUAACCGUCUGAAAGCUCAGGGUUCAAUGAUGUCAGCGGUAGCAUCCGCCUCCGUCCCCAAAAUCACCGUGGUGAUUGGUGGUUGCCACGGUGCAGACAGCUAUGCUAUGUGUGGACGGGCGUUUGAUCCUAAUUUUUUGUUCCUUUGGCCCAAUGCCAAAGUGUCUGUUACCGCUCCGGGUCACGUCAGCUCUCUGCUUCCCAUUGAUGGUGAGCAAGAUGAAGAGCAGAAGAAGCAGGAAGAGAAACUGAACAGGAGGUUAGCGGAGGAGAGCUCAGCUUUCUUCUCUUCUGGCAGGAUGUGGGAUGAUGGAGUCAUUCUGCCUCAGAACACCCGGAAGGUUCUUAGAGAUGCCCUGGACAUCAUCAAACAGCAGCAAUAUCAGUUGUCUACAGAGAAGCGACGGUCAGCAUUUCUGCGUAUGUAGAGGCUUCUGUCCUUCCCCUCCUUUUUUUCUGUGAAGGUUGUAAACGUCAGUUAGAAUUAAUUGCACUUUUUGGACCCGCAAGAAUUAACUUUUUUAAUUGUAAUGAAUGCAGUGUCUUUGUAAAUGUGUGGAAGUCUGUGUGACAGAUGUGAUAAUUACUCUCAAGUUGUCAAAAGGCAUUCUGGAGCUAAAAAGGCUGAUGGGGUAUUGUCAUCACCCCGCCAGGUGGGUGGCCAACUUUCAACGUUUUAAACCCGAUAUCUCAAGAACAAUGUCACCUGGGACGUUCAAAUUUAUACCGUCUACUAAAAAUCUCAAGGUCAGAGGUCAAGGUUUCUGAAAAUCUUGUGAAUAAGAUAAAAGAUGUGACCUAGGAUGUUCAAAUGAUGCCAUAGAUGCCUCUACUAAAAAUCUCAGAUGACUUAUUUCUUACCAUAAUAGUGCAAAUCACAGACAGCAACAGUAUUCUCAGUGGUUUACACUUCAUUUAUAUCAGUCUGAUUUUGACUCAGAAAGCUGGAUCGUGUGUCAGUGACAGUAAGUUGAUCUACAGCUGAUCCGUUCACUUCAGUUGUAUGUUCUUUACAACACAAAGCAUGAGCAGCAGCGUACCGGUUGAUGUUGCCUUAUACAUAAAAGAAUGAUUGUGUCUUCCUCGCAGUGAGGAAUAACACUUGUCAAUUUAACAUGGAUAUUUUGAUACUGUUAUUGAUCUGUUUUGGAUCAGAUCUGGAAAAAGUUGCAUUUCUCGUUUAAGCCUUAAACCAGAUCAGGAAAUGUCUCAUGGAAAUCUUUUUGGUUUUUUUUUUUUUUGGUUUUUUUUUUUUCCCUAGAAUUUUCAUCAUCUUUUAUUAUCUCAUGCUAAAAAAGCUGAAUCUACUAAGCAUACCUCCUAAGAAACAUGCACUGUAUUUCUGUCAGUUUGGUCCAACAAAAACCUUGUAAAAAUCUUGUAAUUAUCAUGUAAUUAUUGUAAUGUUUUUAAUUUGUAUUAAAUACAUUAAAAAAAGUUUUUGAUUC